AUGCUUAGCUUACGCCGUUCAGCUUUAGCUGCUACUAAGUUUUCAAAUAAUAAACGUUUUUUCACAUCUUCUUGUGUCAAGUUACAAACCAUUGGGGACAACAUUAAAGGUAAUGAUCUCAACACUGCUAAGUAUAUGGGAAAGCAAUACCAUGUUAUUGACCACGAAUACGACUGUGUCGUUGUUGGUGCUGGUGGUGCAGGGUUAAGAGCUGCAUUUGGGUUAGCCGAGGCCGGGUUCAAGACAGCCUGUAUUUCGAAAUUGUUUCCUACCAGAUCCCACACUGUGGCAGCACAAGGUGGUAUUAACGCAGCAUUAGGUAACAUGCACAAGGAUGACUGGCACUGGCACAUGUACGAUACUGUGAAGGGUUCAGAUUGGUUGGGAGAUCAAGAUGCCAUUCAUUAUAUGACCAGAGAAGCCCCAGACUCGAUUUACGAAUUGGAAAACUACGGUGUGCCAUUUUCGAGAAACGAGGAAGGUAGAAUUUACCAAAGAGCGUUUGGUGGUCAAUCGAAGGAAUUUGGUAAGGGGGGACAAGCUUACAGAACUUGUGCUGUUGCCGAUAGAACUGGACAUGCAUUAUUGCACUCUUUAUACGGUCAAGCUUUAAGACACAACACUCAUUUCUUUAUUGAAUUCAUGGCCAUGGAUUUGUUGAUGCAAGAUGGUGAAUGUGUAGGUGUGAUGGCUUAUAACCAAGAAGAUGGUACUUUACACAGAUUUAGAUCUCACAAGACCAUUAUGGCUACCGGUGGAUACGGGAGAGCUUACUUCUCGUGUACUUCUGCUCACACCUGUACUGGUGAUGGUUACGCCAUGGUUUCCAGAGCUGGUUUACCAUUAGAAGAUAUGGAAUUCAUUCAAUUCCAUCCAUCCGGUAUUUACGGUUCCGGUUGUUUGAUUACUGAAGGUGCUAGAGGUGAAGGUGGUUUCUUAGUCAACUCUGAAGGUGAAAGAUUUAUGGAACGUUACGCGCCAACCGCUAAGGAUUUAGCUUGUAGAGAUGUUGUUUCGCGUGCCAUCACUAUGGAAAUUAACGAAGGUAGAGGUGUUGGUCCAGAAAAGGAUCACAUGUACUUGCAAUUAUCCCACUUACCACCAUCUGUCUUGAAGGAAAGAUUACCAGGUAUUUCUGAAACUGCUCACAUUUUCGCUGGUGUCGAUGUCACCAAGGAACCAAUUCCAAUUUUACCAACCGUCCAUUACAAUAUGGGUGGUAUUCCAACUAAGUACAACGGUGAAGUCUUAACCAAGGGUCCAAACGGUGAAGAUAAGGUCGUUCCAGGUUUACUAGCCUGUGGUGAAGUUGCUUGUGCUUCUGUCCACGGUGCUAACAGAUUAGGUGCCAACUCCUUAUUAGAUUUGGUUGUCUUCGGUAGAGCUGUUUCUCACACCAUCAGAGACUCUUUGACUCCAGGUACUCCAUUGUCUCCAUUAGCUGCUGAUAGCGGUAAGGAAUCGAUUGAAAACUUGGACAAGUUAAGAAACGCUAACGGUUCCAAAUCUACUGCUCAAAUUAGAUUGGAAAUGCAAAAGACUAUGCAAAAGGGUUGUGCUGUUUUCAGAACUCAAGAAACCUUGGAAGAAUGUGUUGAAAAUAUCGGUCAAGUCGAUAAGACUUUCUCCGAUGUUGGCACCACCGAUAGAUCCAUGAUUUGGAACUCCGACUUGGUUGAAACCUUGGAAUUACAAAACUUGUUAACCUGUGCCACCCAAACAGCCGCCUCUGCUGCUGCCAGAAAGGAAUCUAGAGGUGCCCAUGCCAGAGAAGAUUACCCAGACAGAGACGAUGUUAACUGGUGGAAGCACACUUUGUCCUACCAAACUAACUUCGGUGAUGAUGUCAAAUUAGACUACAGAGAUGUCAUCCAAACUACUUUAGACGAAAGCGAAUGUAAGCCUGUUCCACCAACUGUCCGUGCUUACUAG